AUGAAGCUCUUCGUUCCGACCAUUCUCGUCUCCGUGAUGUUUAUGCUUAACCACGAUGCCAAUGCUCUCAACGUCAGGAUACCCGGUGUCAACUAUAACACACGCAAGGGACCGGAUUGGGCACCUGAAAGCUCCAAGUGCAAGAACGCGGCCGAGGUGCAGAAAGACAUGUAUGCCCUGAAGGGAAUCACUGACGUGGUCCGCAUCUACUCGCUGAUAGACUGCAACCAGGCUCAACACGUCCUGCCGGCAGCCAAAAUUGCCGGUUUGAAGGUGCAUCUGGGUAUCUGGACUACGGCCAGUCACGACUACCUACUCCAGGAGAAGAGCAAGCUUGCUAACCUCAUUGACUCUGGUCUGUACGAUGAUAAUGUCAUUGGUUUGACCGUGGGUAGUGAGACCAUCUACCGUGAAGAGAUUAGUGGUAUUACGGCCAUUAGCUACAUGAACGAAAUUCGUGACUAUAUCCGUAGCCGUGGCAAGAACACGCUCGUCACGAUUGCGGAUGUCGUUGAUGUUUAUGAAGACAAUCCACUGCUCGUUGAUGCGGUGGACUACAUUUCGGUGAAUCAGUUUUCAUUCUGGGAAAAAGUGAACGUGAACGAAGGAGCAGCUGUUACGCUCGAUCGCCUAAAGAAGCUACGUGUGAUUGCUGCAAACAAGGGCAAGAAGAUUAUUAUCUCCGAGACGGGUUGGAGUUCGGGUGGCUCGGACCCUGAUGCUUCCGUCGCAUCUCCUGAGAAUCAGGCCAAGUUCUUCUUGGACUUCUAUCAAAUGGCUCGCUCACACAACUUUUUCUUUUGCUGGUAUGUCGCGUUCGACUCCAAGUGGCGUGUGACAAACGGCGGCAAGGAGGUCGAAGCUGACUUUGGCAUCUUUCAGGAGAACGACAUCAUGAAGAGCAACUUCCAGCAAUUGACAAUCGGCUGGAAAGACCCCCGUGCUAUCCGCAAUGCAGGCACAAACUUGUUGCUGUCAGAGAAUGAUGGCAACUUGUACAUGUCAAGCAAGUCGAGCGACUGGCUGGUGCAGGAGCAGCAGGUGUGGUUCUACGAUCCAGUCACUCAACAGGUGCGCUCAAAGAGCAGUGAUCGCUGCCUGACAGCUCCCCAGGCUAUGGAUGGCGGCAUUGUGCGCGUGUCCGGCUGCUUCGACAACAACGUUGACCAGAAAUGGACGUACGAAAGUUCGACCGGUAAGCUGAAGUACGUAAAGAACCAGUAUUUCUGCCUCGACCAGGACCCUGCUCAGGGCAACAAGGUGCAGCUGUAUGGAUGCUCGCUCAACAACAGGAACCAGCAGUGGAGUGUUAUUGACCCAGCGACCAUUUAG